AUGAUUCACAAGCAUGCAUUUGAAGCUUUAGAUCGAACUUUGAAAGAUAUAUUCAAGUGUCAUAAUCCUAAAAAUUCAAAUUUGCCAUUUGGAGGGAAAGUGAUUGUUUUUGGAGGAGAUUUUAGACAAAUUUUGCCUGUUAUCCCAAGUGGUAGUAGACAAGACAUUGUCAAUGCGUCUUUAAGUUCAUUAUAUUUAUGGCAACAAUGCAAAGUCCAUAAACUAAUGAAAAACAUGAGGCUAACUGUUGGAAGUGAUACAUCUGCUAUUAAACAAACAACAGCUUUUACAAAAUGGCUUUUGGAUAUAGGAGAAGGGAAACUUGGCGGUUCUAAUGAUGGUGAAGCGAUUAUUGAUAUUCCAAAGGAUCUUCUAAUUAAUGAUCAUUGUGAUCCUAUAGGUUCAUUAAUUGAGUUUGUAUAUCCUUCUAUUCUUGAAUAUUCUAACAUUCCAAAAUAUUUUCAAGAAAGAGCAAUACUUGCUUCAAAAAAUGAAGUUGUCAGAAAAAUAAAUGAUCGUUUGCUAUCAUUAUUUCGAGGAGAUGAAGUCGAAUAUCUAAGUUCAGAUAAACUAUGCAAAUCUGAGUUUAUCCAUGAUCAGUUUGAUGUCAAUUUAUACUCACCUGAUGUUUUAAAUGGUCUUAAAUUUCAGGUCUCCCAAAUCAUAAGUUAG